UUGUUUUGGGGUUUGAGUUCAAGAGCUCAAGCCUCGGUUUUCUGCCUGUAUUUAAGUUUAAAAUUCAGUAUUUAAACAACACGCAAUAUGAUAAACAGUGUAUAAUGUUUAAUUAUUAAAUAUCCGCUUUAUAAAACCACAAAAAUGGUGGUGAAUGCCCCAGAAACGCCUAUACAGGCGGAGUUGAUAUUCGUCAUCGAGGCUACCUCAACAAAUGGGGCAUAUAUAAGCGAAUUAAAAACUAAUUACAUUAUACCUACUCUUGAGUAUUUCCACGGAGGCGCGCUUGAAGAGGGUGGUGGAAAUGGCUCUGUGUACGGCAUUGUAACAUAUCAGGCGGCAGACAACUUGUUGGCUCUGCCGGUGAACACAUUUGGACCAUUCACAUGCCCACAAACAGCUAUAGAAACUAUUGAUAAGAUACAGUUUAUAGGAGGCCAAGCUGAAAGCCGAGCUUGCAUCACCGAGGCGCUGGUUGCAGCCGCUGCUUGUUUUGAGGAGCUCGGACGGACGGACGUGUCAAGACAUGUCCUACUGCUGUGCUGUUCUCCUCCUUAUUCAGCAUAUGCUGGAGGUUUGGUGCCACCAGGUGCUCCGGGGACCAUAGAGCUGGCAGCCCGGCUCCUAGGCUCCAGCGGGGCUCAACUCUCCAUAGCCGCAGCCCGGAGGCUCCCGGCACUCUUGAAGCUGUACGAACAUGCGGGUGGUGACACGCACCAUGCGCAACUAAGGAAUUAUGCUAAGGACCCUCGGCACCUAGUAUUACUUCGAGGGUACAGUUUGAAGGAGCGCCCCCCGAGCCCCGCGCCGCCGCCCGCACCAGAGGCGCCUCCAGACAUUUAUGGGCAAGGGCGCGGUGCUCCGCCGGCGGCGCCGCGGCCGCCGCAGUUCCGGCCCACGGCGGCCGUGCGCCCCAACACGGGCUGGCUGCCCCCGCCACGCAACCCCCUCUACGACAACUCGGCGCUCGUCAGACAGCUGACGCAGCCCUCGUACCCACCCCCACAGCCCGGUAUCCAACGCAUGCCCGGCAUGAUGGCGGCAGGCCCGUCCACCGGGGCAGCACCGACCCCUCAACGGACUUACAUAUGGAGCGGAGUGUUGGAGUGGAUGGAGAAGGGAAAGAACCCUGGCGAUCAGCAGAAGGUCACAAAGCAUCUUCCGUGCCAAGUAUCAGCCAACUCCAAGGACAUAGAACCAGAGCUGAAGGUAGACACGUGGCCCAACAAGUUGCUGAUGCAGCUGAUGCCAAAACAGCUGAUCAGCAACAUAGGAGGGCAGUACCUCAAGGACAGCAAGUCUGUGCUCUUCCAUCUUCAGCAGAACGAGGCCUUGGAUGCACUUACCAAAGUCAUGGUCAAUGGAUUUGCCGGCUGCGUCCAUUUCUCGCCUAUGUCUUCCCCACCGCAAUGCGACAUCAAAGUGCUUAUCCUACUGUACACGCCCGACAAGAAAGCAUACCUCGGCUUCAUACCUAACAACCAGGCCACGUUCGUCGAUCGACUGCGGAAGGUGAUCCAGCAGCAGAAGAUGACUCAGAUCAUCAAGCAGAUGCCACCAGCCAGCUCUGCGCCCAUGCCGGGCGCCAUGCCCACAGCCACCAUGGCGGGUGGCGGCACAAUGCAGCCGACGAUGUCGUCGGCGGGGAUCCCGGCGGCCGGCAUGAGCGGCAUGGGCGGCAUGGGCGGCGGCAUGGCGGCCGGCAUGAGCGCCAUGGCGCCCCUCGGCCCGCAGGCGCCCAGCCCGCAGGGCAUCGUGCAGCAGAUGCAUCCACAGGGCAUGAUGGGCAUGGGCGGCAACAUGGGCGGCCAGGGGCCCCCGCAGCAGCAGCAGGCGCCCGGCGGCAAGGGCCCGCGCCCCUCGCAGCUGGACGGGCUGGAGGCCGCCCGCCAACAGAACCUGGAGAAGAUUCAACAGCUGCAACAGACUCUAGAGGCCGCGCAUCAGCAGGAGGCGCAGUUCAAGAGCCAGUUGUUCGGUCGACAGAUGGACAUCAUGUCACACCUGCAAGCGGCUCAGCAGCAAGAGCAGCACUACAAGCAGCUUGAGGAGCAACGUAAGCACCAGCAGCAGCUGCAAUUGCAGCAGCAGCUGCAGCGAGGGACCGGGGCUGUUCCCCGCAUUAUGCGGCCCAUGAUGCCUUCCAACCCUGGCCUCAGGCAUCUACUGCAGCAGCAACCGCAGUACAGACCGAGCGGCGCGCGCGCAGCCCCGCCGCAGCAGUUCGAUGACGUCAACAACUACAACGACUUCAUAUAGACUUAGAACAUUGUGUAUUAACCUUUUGGACGCCAAUGACUGAUAUAUCCGCACCGCAGGUUCAACGCUAAAGACCGAUUAAUCGGUCACAGACCACAGAGCAACAUAGACCUACGUGCAUAUGCAUAAAGUUCAAUUUGAGUUAUUCGUCGGUGACGUGGCGUCCGAGUGACAGCUUUUGUGUUUGACACGGCGUUGGCUGCGCUCGUAGCCGCUCCCAGCGUUUUCCCGCUUUGUAGAGAAAUUGACUACAGAGAACCCGUCGGGUUCCCGGCGCUCGAUGUGUUACGGGCGGUAAACAAGAAUUAACGAACGAGUGCGAAUUGAAGGCCGAAGCCGAAGGCGAGGCCUUUAUUAACACGAGUUUGUAGUUCCAGAACCGCCUGGCUGCCAAUGUUUUACAUCACACUUGUGAGGAAAAAAGGGAAAUAUUAUUAUAUUUCUGCCUGAUUUCGUACAUUACAGCUCUAGGACGAAAUUUUGGAUUUACGAACCGCAUAAUAUGUGUAAUAACACCUUUUACGAGCAAGUGUCAUGAAAAAUCUUACUACAACCACCACCACUAGAGCUUGUGCGAUAGUCUGAUAUCAUUUGAAUCCCUCGCUAUGCUCAAGAUUAAAUGAAGGGUACACGGAAAGAACAUGCCUAGUCACUCUGACAACAUUUUGAGUUAUCGCGGUUUGAAAGGAACGAUAUACAUAAUUAACCAUAUUAAUUUCGUGUAUAGGUGUUUUUAAAGUAAGAAAAAAAGGAGUUAUAUUUAUGACUACACAGAGGUAACCGAAGUUGUUACUAAUAGUUCAUUGAGAGCUCUACAUUUUGAGAUUAAAAUCUCAUUUUUCAAAAAAAUGGACUAGACAUGUUCUUUCCGUGUACCCUUCAAAUGCCCCUGACGCGCUAUACUAGAUCUUAUAAUAUGUCUAUCUGUACUGUGGUUUAUUUAGUAUUAUAAUUAAUUCAUUAUUUUAUAAUGUAACGACACAUUUGUAACGUUCCAAGACAAAAGGUACCACACCUUGUCAGUCAGAUCUAUUUUUAGGCAAAUAGCGCCUUGUUACCAACCCACAAAGUGGUACAUUUUGUUUGAGAAGUACUCAUUAUAAUAUAGGACAUUAAAUAAAAGAUUUUUUUAAUUAAA